CCCUGCUUUCCUGUCACGUUCGUGUGUCAAUCCAGCUGGAUCGUUAGAUUUGCAUUCUUGACAAGGUAUUCAUUGAGCUUAUUUCUCCAAAACCAACCAUGAAAGGACGAGUCAUUAUUUUCUCCAUCACCGGCUGUCCGUUCUGUAUGAGAGCAAAGGACAAAAUGCAGAAACUUGGCAUCGAAUACAUGGACAUCAAUUUGGAUACCUACCCAGAGCGACGAGCAGAGGCGAAGGAAAGAACCGGAAAGAACACUGUGCCGCAAAUAUUUUUCAACAACAUACAUGUCGGUGGAUUCGACGACUUUGAUAAAUUGACUGAGGCUGAGCUUCAAGAGUUGAUUAAUGAAGUAGAAGAGAAUCCUGCUCCAGCAGAUGCUCCUCAACCACCAGCCCCCAAGUCAGAUGCAGCCAGUAGUGCAACCACAAGGGAAGCAAUUGAUUUCACUUGUGAGCUGGAUGAAUAUGCUCAGCUUGUCCAAGAAUUUAAAGAAAGUGGUCUUAUAAAGGAUCGCCGCAAGGGUCUCAUUCACAAUUACAAAAACUCCUUUGUUGGCAAGGAAGCUGUGGACUGGCUUGUGAAGACAAAGAAAAUAGGCAAAGAGAAAGCUGUAGAGAUGUGUCGUGAGCUUGUUGAGCGCAACUUUGGACAUGGUGUCGAAAAAGGAAAGCACACAGAGUUUAAGGACGAUAACAGCAUUUAUCGCCUCCUUGAAGAUGAUGAAUCGACCGCACUGAACUCUGGGAUGAGUUCUGUUUGUGAGCCACGCCCAGCUCCUGAGGUCGCUGAAGAACUACGGCGCUUGAUUCUUACCUUGUAUAGCAAGUAUUUGUCCAAGGAUGGAAAGGGAGUGGACUAUGAGUCCAUGGAAAAGAGCACAGAAUUCAAGGGUUAUGUUAAGCAUACAGCUGAACUUCAACGUGUUAAAUUGGAUGGAAUGUCUAGAGAGGAAACUCUUGCUUUCUUCAUUAAUGUAUACAACGCUUUGGUGAUUCACGCUAACGUAGUCAGAGGACCACCCGUCAACCUGUGGCAGAGAUAUAAGUUUUUCAACACCGUAAACUACAUCAUUGGUGGUCACUCGUUUGGCCUGAACCAGAUUGAGAAUGGCAUCCUUCGUUCAAAUCGCAAAGCUAUUGGUGCCGUGACCAAGCCUUUCUCGAAGAGUGACCCUCGACUGAGAGUUGCGUUACCUGCUCCAGAGCCGAAGAUUCAUUUUGCUCUGGUGUGUGGAGCCAAAAGUUGUCCACCGAUAAAGACUUAUACCGCGGCGGGAAUAGACGAGGAGUUAUCCCUCGCAGCUGAGUCUUUCCUAGAAGGAGAGGAUGGCUGCGUUCUUAACAUGCCGAAAAGAGAGAUUUGCCUAAGCAAGAUUUUUCAGUGGUACAGGGUAGAUUUUGGCUCCAACAACGAAGAGCUGGUUCAGUUUGUUCUGGCACAUAUGGGACAGGGCCAGAAGAAGGAUCAGCUGCAGGAAUUACUGAUUAGUGGCAACUUUAAAGUCUCUUUCAUGAGAUAUAACUGGGAUUUGAAUUCCAAACACUAAAACCUAAAGUACCAACCCGCUAAUGUGUUAAUUAUAGGAAUUAAACUGUAGUACGAAACAAUCAGUUCAACGAAUCAAGCCAACAGAGUGCACCCCCUGAAAGGCUUCAAUUAUCUUACAAUAUCUUCUCUCAACCCAUUCCAUUCCACGUCUCUUCUGUAUUUGGAGAUCCCAGGAGGAUUUAGAAAUAGCCAGUGGUGUGUAGUGAAUCUUACACACAUGAAUACAUCGCGUUAUCUAUUAAUUUUUUUUCCAAAAUAAUCAAGUAAUACAUACAGUACAUGGAAAAUCAUAUUGGACCACACACCUUGAGUCUAAAAAUAACAUAACCAGGAAUGGGGUUGUUAUGUGGAUAUAAGUCUCUUAGCUUAUUUUCUCUUGACUGCAAAUCAGCAAUUUAUGGCAAGUUAAUUAGAAUAUCUACGUUCCUGACAAUGGUAGCUUGUAUGUUGACCUUUAAUGAUAAGUUAAUCCAAAGCAUCCCCUCCAACAGUAAAUUACAAUUUUAAAGUUCUGUAGUUGCAAGCAGGUCUGUUGAGGUUAGAAAUAGGUUUACCUAUGUAAUUGUUAUUGGUAUUUAAUUCUAAAAUAUUCAAGUUGUAGAUUUUUGUAAUGAUCAAGGUGCAUCUUGUAACAGGGAUUUAUGUAAACACAAUAGUAUGCUAUUUAAAUGUACAAGUCCUAUAAUGGAUAAUGGGUAAUUGGCUUUCCAUGUCAGAAGCACAAAUUUUGUCCCCUGUCCUAAGGGGAAUUUACAGCUGGAGUACUGUUUUUCUGAAAGUUUUGGUUAGGCUACCAACAUGAACAAGGUGGGUCCUUUUAAGUUCCAUGACUUUUUUUAGUUUUUUGGGAUCUAGAUAAUAAAUUUACUACUUUUUUUUAUUGUAUUUAACACAACACAAGCUGUGGUUCCUAUUUAUUUAUACUUUCAGUUGACAAAUUAAACAAUGAAAAAAUGGUAUUUAGUCAAUGGUGUUUCACUUUAAAAAAAUUCUGUGCAACAAGUUCCUGUUCAGAAAAUAAGCAUUGGAAUUCUUCCAUCCACGAGGGGAGGAACAAAGAGAAAUUGAGCUUGUCUUAAAAGUUAUUUGUCUGACAUCUCAGGGGAGAUAGAUCCUGGGUAUGCUAUUUGUGUUGUGAGAAUUCUAAUAAAAGUAUGAAGUACACACUUUAUUACUGAAAAUG